GGGUGGCCACGUGAGGGCUGUUUACGGAAAGGCAGUGGCUCUGAUGCCUCUGAAAAGGCAGCUCCUCUUCACGGGGAAGGUUUUUGUGUUUUUGGCCGUCAGUGAGAACGUACCUCAGGAACCUGGGGAAGGCGGGACACGUCGCUCUCCCAUGUGACUGAGCUGGAGGGACACCUGCCUUCGUUGGAACCAGUCUUUCUUCUUUUCACCUGGACUGUUUGCUUCCCUCUUAGCCAUGGAACAGGAGGAGGACGCCGGCCCAGAGGCUGGCGUCUGUCUGGGCCCUACCCUGCACUCCUGGUGGCUGCAGGUGACGGAACAGCACACGCAGUCCCCCAUGCUUGCAGGGAUGGCGAUUGGAGCCCUCCUGGCCCUGACCCUCGUUGGCAUCACCGUCUUUUUUGUGUACAGGAGGGUGAACAGACUCCGACAAGUGCAGCCCACCCCCCAGUACAGGUUCCGGAAGAGAGAUAAAGUGAUGUUCUACGGCCGGAAGAUCAUGCGGAAGGUGAGCACACUCCCCAACACACUUGUGGGGAGCACGGCCGCCCCCCGGCAGCGGGUGAGGAAGAGGACCAAGGUGCUGUCUUUGGCCAAAAGAAUCCUGCGUUUCAAGAAGGAAUACCCAACCCUGCAGCCAAAGGAACCGCCCCCCUCCCUGCUGGAGGCCGACCUCACGGAGUUUGACGUGAAGAAUUCUCAUCUGCCGUCGGAAGUUUUGUACAUGCUGAAAAACGUUCGGGUCCUAGGCCACUUCGAGAAGCCGCUGUUCCUGGAACUCUGUAAGCAUAUGGUCUUCGUGCAGCUGCCCGAAGGGGCGCAUGUCUUCCGGCCGGGCGAGCCGGACACCAGCAUUUACGUGGUGCAGGAGGGGCGGCUGGAGGUCUGCGUCCAGGACGCGGACGGCACGGAGGUGGUGGUGAAAGAGGUCGUCGCUGGGGACAGCGUCCACAGCCUGCUCAGCAUCCUGGACGUCAUCACCGGCCACACCGCACCCUACAAGACCGUGUCUGCCCGUGCCGCCGCCCCAUCCACCAUCCUCAGGCUUCCGGCGGUGGCUUUCCAAGGAGUGUUUGAGAAGUACCCCGAAACCCUGGUCAGGGUGGUGCAGGUCAUCAUGGUGCGGCUGCAGAGGGUCACCUUCCUGGCUCUGCACAGCUACCUGGGCCUGACCGCGGAGCUCUUCAACCCGGAGAGCCAGGCCAUCCCCCUCGUGUCUGUGGCCAGCGUGGCUGCGGGCAAGACCAAGAGGCAGGCGAGCUGCGGCCCGGAGGAGCCCGGUGACCCAGCAGACCGUGGGGGCAGCCGGGCAGCCGCCUCCGGGCCGCUGCUGAAGAGGAGCCACUCCGUCCCGCUGCCGUCCGUCCACGAGAUCUCAGACGAGCUCGGCAAGGCCCAGGCCGGCGACCAGGCCCCUGUGGCUCCACCAGGUGCCACCCCAGACCCACGGAUGGCUUAUGACUGUGCCCGGGCUCCCCUGCACGCAGAGGAGCGCCCCGGGAACACUGCGGCCAGUAAGCCCAGGAAGAGCGUGGUCGUCACAGAGACCCCCUCUGCCGUCUUCCACUACUCGGACGGCAGCCCAGACGAGACAGUCGCGAGCUCAAAGACAGAUGCCAUCUUCAGAGCCGCCAAGAAGGACCUGCUGACCCUGAUGAAGCUGGACGACCCUUCGCUGUUAGACGGCCGGGUGGCGUUUCUGCAGGUCCCAGGGGGCACGGUGGUGUCCAGGCAGGGAGACCAGGACGUGAACGUCAUCUUCGUGGUCUCGGGGCUGCUGCACGUGUACCAGCGCCAGGUUGACAGCGAGGAGGACAGCUGCCUGUUCGUCACACGGCCCGGGGAGCUGGUGGGCCAGCUGGCCGUGCUCACGGGCGAGCCGCUGAUCUUCACCAUCAGGGCCAACCGCGACUGCAGCUUCCUGUGCAUCUCCAAGGCCCACUUCUACGAGAUCAUGCGGAGGCAGCCGAACGUCGUCCUGGCCGUCGCGCACACGGUCGUGAAGCGCAUGUCGUCCUUCGUGCGGCAGAUCGACUUCGCCCUGGACUGGAUGGAGGUGGAAGCCGGGCGCGCCGUGUACAGGCAGGGGGACAAGUCGGACUGCACGUACAUCGUCCUCAGUGGCCGGCUGCGCUCGGUGAUCCGCCAGGACGACCUCAAAAAGCGCCUGGCCGGGGAGUAUGGCCGGGGAGACCUCAUUGGCGUGGUGGAGACGCUCACCCACCAGCCCAGGGCGACCACGGUGCAUGCUGUGCGCGACUCCGAGCUGGCCACGCUGCCGGCCGGGGCCCUGACGUCCAUCAAGCGCCGGUACCCACAGGUUGUGACUCGGCUGAUCCAUCUCCUGGGCGAGAAGAUCCUGGGCGGCCUCCAGCAGGGGACUGCGCCCGGUCACCAGUUCGGGCUGCAGUCCGUGGGCAGCAAGUGGGACUCCGGGAACCCUGCCAGCAACCUGUCCACGGUGGCCAUCCUGCCCGCGUCCGAGGACGUGCCCCUCACCGCCUUCGCCCUGGAGCUCCGGCACGCCCUCAGCGCCAUCGGCCCAGUCCUGCUGCUGACCAGCGACAACAUAAAACAGCGCCUCGGCUCUGCGGCUCUGGACAGUAUCCAUGAGUACAGGCUGUCCAGCUGGUUGGGGCAGCAGGAGGACAUCCACAGGAUUGUGCUCUACCAGGCAGACGGCACGCUCACGCCCUGGACCCAGCGCUGCAUCCGGCAGGCGGACUGCAUCCUCAUCGUGGGCUUGGGGGAGCAGGAGCCCACCGUGGGCGAGCUGGAGCGGAUGCUGGAGAGCGCGGCCGUGCGUGCCCAGAAGCAGCUGAUCCUGCUGCACCGGGAGGAUGGACCCGCGCCCGCACGCACCGUCGAGUGGCUCAACAUGCGCAGCUGGUGCUCCGGUCACCUGCACCUGCGCUGCCCCCGCCGCGUGUUCUCCCGGAGGAGCCUGCCCAAGCUGGUGGAGCUGUACGAGCGGCUCUCCCAGAAACCCCCAGACCGGCACUCGGACUUCUCACGGCUGGCGCGGGUGCUGACGGGAAACGCCAUCGCGCUGGUGCUCGGAGGAGGCGGAGCACGAGGCUGCGCCCAGGUCGGUGUCAUCCGAGCCCUGACGGAGUGUGGCAUUCCCGUGGACAUGGUCGGAGGGACGUCCAUUGGGGCCUUCAUGGGCGCCCUGUAUGCCGAGGAGCGGAACUACAGCCAGAUUCGGAUCCGGGCCAAGCAGUGGGCUGAGGACAUGACGUCAGUGGUGAAGACUGUGCUGGACCUGACCUACCCCAUCACCUCCAUGUUCUCUGGCGCCGGCUUCAACAGCAGUAUCUGCAGUGUCUUCCAGGACCGGCAGAUUGAGGACCUGUGGCUCCCCUACUUCACCAUCACCACGGAUAUCUCAGCCUCAGCCAUGCGGGUCCAUACGGAUGGCUCCCUGUGGAGGUACGUGCGCGCCAGCAUGUCCCUGUCGGGCUACAUGCCCCCGCUCUGCGACCCCAAGGACGGACACCUGCUGAUGGACGGGGGCUACAUCAACAACCUGCCAGCGGACGUGGCCAGAUCGAUGGGGGCAAAGGUGGUGAUCGCCAUCGACGUGGGCAGCCGGGAUGAGACGGACCUCACCAACUACGGCGACGCACUGUCUGGGUGGUGGCUGCUGUGGAAGCGCUGGAACCCCUUGGCCACCAAAGUCAAGGUGUUGAACAUGGCGGAGAUCCAGUCGCGCCUGGCCUACGUGUGCUGCGUGCGGCAGCUGGAGCUGGUGCGGAGCAGCGACUACUGUGAGUACCUGCGCCCGCCCAUCGACAGCUACGGCACCCUGGACUUCGGCAAGUUCACCGAGAUCUGCGAGGUGGGGUACCAGCACGGGCGCACGGUGUUCGGCAUCUGGGCGCGCGGUGGUGUGCUGGAGAAGAUGCUGCAGGACCGGCAGGGCACGAGCAAGAUGAAGGCAGGCGAUGUGAGUGCCCAGCGGGCACCCCUCUCCCUGUCUCCUCCUGUGACCUGUCCUCCUCUGAGCCACCCCAGACAGGUCCCCACCUGCCCUAAUGCCUCCUUCACCGACCUCGCAGAGAUCGUGUCGCGCAUCGAGCCGGCCAAGGUGGCCGUGGUGGACGACGAGUCCGACUCGCUGACCGAGUGCGAGGAGGGGCUGGCGGACGGCUCCCAGGACGCCUACGCUGACUUCCAGAGUGCCCCGGCCGACGAGGGCUCUGACUUGGAGGACGAACCCUCGCUUCGCCAGCAACACGCCCGUCUGGAUUCCCCCAGACCGCCCCAGGAUGCCUCGGCCCCCUGGCGCUCUGACCUGAACCGGUAGAGGCCUCCUCCGAGGCCCCUGAAGCCAGCCAGCCUGUGGGCCUGUGCCGGACACCACGGCUCUGGGGGCAGGGGACCUAGCUGGGCCAGGGGCUGCACUGGCGUGGCUGCCUCCCCUCACUGGCACCCCUGGCCACACAGUGGCUCUGGGAGCCGCCGGCCCGGCGAGUCCCAGGGCCCCUGGGAGACACCAGAGUCCAGAUGCUCCCACCUCGCUCGUCAAUAAAGGCAGAUGCGACUGUG